AUGAUGCUUCCACUAUUAAUUUCUCCUAAAUACUUUUAUUCUUAUCCUUGUUUCACUUAAGUUUUAAGGCACAAUUAUUAGCUUAUAUCCAACAAUUUCAUAUAUGCAGGAACUCUUUAAUGGACGUCAUAGAACCAGUCGUGAAUAUUGUGAAGGAUGUUGUACCUACAGUUAAGAAAUAUUUCAAGUAUCAGAUACGUCACAAUGAUUAUGUCAAUGAAUUCAAAGAAAUGCAAACACAGCUGAAGCGCCGACGGCAAGACGUUGAAGAAGAACUGCAUGCUCAACUUAGGCAGCCAGGGAAGAUUGCAAAGAAGGAAGUUCAAGCUUGGCUAGAGAAAGCAGACCAAGAAACUGCAGAAAAAGUGGUUGAAGAUCUAAUCUGCAAAGGGGGCUUUUUGACAUAUAUUUACUCCUCAAGAAAGCUCGAUGAAAGGACUCAAUCACUGACUGAAGGAAUAUUUAAGCAAGGAGAAAAGUACACUAGUGCCGAUGAGAGUUUGGUCGUAGAUACUCCCUCAAUUGAGUAUUGGGCAACUGUAUUUGAAGAAAAGCAGGAGAGGCUAAAGCACCGAAAGGAAGAUGUUGAAGCAAAUUUGAAGACUCAGCGUAUGCAACCUGGAAAGAUUGCAAGGAAGGAAGUUGAAGAGUGGCUAGAGAAAGCAGGCCAACAGAUUGGCAUAAAGGUUGAAGGUCUGAUCAACCAAGGGGGAUGCUCCUCUCUAUCCAACCUCAGGAGAAAAAUUGAAGAAUUGAAGCAAAUAUUUGAGCAAGGAGAAAAAUAUACUAAUGCUGGUGAGAGUUUGGUCACAGAUGUUUACUCAAGUGAGCGUGGUGCAGCUGUAUUUAAAGAAAUGCAAGAGCAGCUGAAGCUCCGACAGAAAGACAUUGAGGCAAAAUUGGAGACUUUGCUUCGGCAGCUCGGAAAGAUGGCAAGCAAUGAAGUUAAAGACUGGAUGGAGAAAGCAAGCCAACAGAUUGACAUAAAGGUUGAAGAUCUGAUCAGCCAAGGGGAAUGUUCCUCUUCAUCCAACCUCUGGAAAAAAAUUGAAGAAUUGAGGCAAAUACUUGAGCAAGGAAAAGAAUUCACUAAUGCUGUUGGGAUUUUGGUCAUAGAUGAUCACUCAAUCAAAGGAUUUCCACUUCUAGUGGAAAAAUGUAGUGGCAGGGAUGAUAUACAAGAAAAAAUUCUGGAAUGGUUGAAGGGAGACAAGGUUGCAAGAAUUGCAGUUUUGGGAAUGGGUGUGUCAAAAGACUUUAACAUUACUGUCCAGCAAAAAAAUAUUCUCCAGUUUCAGAAAAAGAUUGCACGUAGCUUGAAACUAGAACGAGAGGCAGAUCAUGAGAAUGAAACCACCAAGCUUGCUGCAUUGAUUUCACAAAGGUUGGGGCAGCUGGGCAGCUUCCUGCUAAUUCUGGAUGAUGUGUGGGAGCCUUUUUCUCUAGAAGAUGUUGGAAUUUCUAAUCCAGUUGGAAAUAAUGGUUGCAAGUUAGUGCUCACAACACGCUCAAAAGAUGUUGCUCGUGCAAUGGAUUGUAAUGUGAUCCAUGUCAACCCUCUUCCACCUGAAGAGGCAUUAGAAUUAUUCUCGGAGAAAAUUGGAGGUGAUGUGUUUUCAGAUGGAAAAAUUAAAAGAGAUAUAGAACCAUUUUUGAAGCAAAUUUUGCAGAAAUGUGAUGGAGUACCCCUUGCUAUUGUGACAGUGGCAAAAUCAAUGAAAGGGAAAUUACUUCCUCGUCAUUGGAAGUUGGCACUUUCUGAAUUUAGUAAAUUUGAAAGCAUUAUUGAUUGUUUGAAAUUCAGUUAUGAAUGCCUAGAACAACAAUGCCGGGAGUGUUUUUUAUGUUGUGCAUUGUAUCCUGAAGAUCAUGAAAUCUCAAAGGAGGAGUUACUUGAGUAUUGGAUUGAGGAGGGGCUUAUAUAUGAAGAAGGGAAAACUAGGGAGGCAAUGGAUUGGAAGGGUGAUGAUAUACUUGAUAAGCUAGUUGACAACUGCUUGUUGCAAUCGAUUAAAGGUGAAUUCGGAGAAGAAUUUGUGAGUAUGCAUGAUCUUCUCCGAGAAAUGGCACUGGAAAUCAGUCCUCAAUUCUUGGUGAAAGCCGACAUAGCCUUGGAGAAGUUACCAGAGGAGCAUGAAUGGAGAGAAAAUCUUUUGAAGGUUUCUUUAAUGCGGAAUCACAUAACAGAAAUUCCUUCAAGCAUGCCGUCUCCAAAGUGUCCUAUGCUCACAACCUUGUUGUUGUCCAGAAAUAAGAUUUCAACAAUUCCAGAAGCCUUUUUUGAGCAUAUGCUUGGGCUCAAGAUCCUUGAUCUUUCCUGGAAUGAACAGCUAUGUAGGCUGUCGAGUUCUAUCUUCAAAUUGGAAAAGCUUACUACAUUAUUGCUAUGUGGAUGUGACUCCUUAAGAAAGGUAGCAGCAUUAUCCAACCUUGUAGGGUUAAAAAAGUUAGACCUUUCUUGGACAUCAAUUGAAGAACUACCACAAGGCCUCAACUUGUUAACAAAUCUAAAAUAUCUUGGUCUUGGUGGAAGAUUAUCUGAAACACUUGAUGAACCGCUACAAAAUCUCUCCAAACUUCAGCAUUUACGAGUAACUGUCAAUCGCCGUGCCAAAACAGAAUUUAAAUGGGAGACGAGUGGAAUUUGGGGGAAGCUUCAAAACCUUGAAAGGCUGGAUCUUGAUUGUGUGAAUAACUUGAAUAUAGUGUUUGGGGAAGUGGGAGCAAUUGCUGAGUCAGCAUCGCUACCAGCUGGCACAUUUUCCUCUCUUCAAUAUAUUAGCGUUUCUGAAUGUGAUAAAAUAAAGAAGUUAUGCUCGGUAAGGUGGUUGGAAUAUCUUCGGAAACUACAGACUAUUGAGGUUUAUUGGUGUGAGCAACUGGAGGAGAUAAUAGGGUUUGAAUCUAAAGAAGGAGAAAAAGUCACUCUACCCAACUUAGAAAGGUUGGAAUUGAUAAGUUUGCCCUUAUUGAAGACCAUCUAUAGCGGUUCUUUGAUUUGUGAUUCCAUCAAGAAGAUUGCAAUUGCUUCUUGUGAAAAUAUAAAGAGUGUUUUUUGGUCCGGGUUCAACCCACUUCCAAAUCUUGAAUAUCUGGAACUUACAGAAUUAAAGGAUCUGAAAUCUGUGUUUGAUGAAGAAGGUCUUGGUUUAUCGCCACGUGUACCUCCCACAAGCUUUUUCUCUCUUAAAGAAAUUAGGGUUGAAUAUUGUGAUCAAUUAAAGAAGGUAUUCUCAUCUGGAUGGCUGCUCUGCUACUUCCAAUCUCUAGAGGCUAUUAAGGUUUCAAGGUGUUCGCAAAUGGAGGAGCUGAUAUCGUCAUCGGCACAUGAAGAAGAAAAAGUCACUCUACCCAAGUUAGAAAGGUUGGAAUUGACAAGUUUGCCCUUAUUGAAGAGCAUCUGCAGCAGCUCCAGUGUGUUGAUUUGUGAUUCCAUCCAAAGUCUGGGGAUUACCUACUGCGAGAAGCUAAAGAGGAUUCCUCUGAAUUUUCCCUUGCUUGGUAAUUCCCAAUCAUCUCAUCCUUCUUCCCUCAAAGAAAUUGUGGUAUCCCCAGAAGAAUGGUGGGAAUCAUUGGAAUGGGACCAUCCCAAUGCAGAAGACAUCCUUUUACCCUUCUGUUAUUUCACCUGACAUGGUGGUAGGGCGCACCGCAAAUGUAAGCCUUUUAAUCUUCAAUUUUCCAUUUCUGAUUCAACUCAAGAUGAGUUUUCCAUUCUUAAUAAAUCUCUCUCUCUCUCAUCUAUUCUUUUCUCCCCCAUUGGCAACAAUUGGGAUUCGGCUCGGUAACCACAAGAAAGUUGGAGGAAAUCACAUAUGCACUAGUUGCUGUUGCUAUUGGGUUUUCAAUGUAAUAUAAUCUUUGUUUUUAU